AUGUCAAUUCCAGUAUGUAUGGUUUCGUUAUUGGUGAAUGUUGGGAGAAUGAACACCACUGUGAAUUUUGUUCCGGAAAUGAAAUCACAAUUACGAACUUUCCAUUCGAUCCCGUCGCUUCAACAAGGGAAAAGCCACGAUAAUAAAAUCUUGCAAGAUUCUCCUCGAUUGAAAAGUAUUUUGAAAUCGUGGUCCGAAGCUAAGAAACACCCGACAAAGUUCGAAGAGUUGUUCAACCAACCGCUAGUUCCCGAUACCAAAUUCCCGAAAACUAACGUCAUCAAUUUGAUUUUCAUGUUGUGUUGUUAUGAGCAUUUAAUUUUCCAACAUUUUGACCCCGUCAAUCUUGAAAAUGGCACCAGUAGGAACUUUGUUUCCGAAUCCCCGUCGUUUUUAGGUGAAGAUUUGACCAAGCCCCAUUCAAUUACCACUCCAAAAUCUCGAGCCCAACGGUUUUUGUGGUUAUUGUACAAUUACUUGGAAACCAAUUUGAUAAAAGAAGAAAUUUUGAACAACCCGUUCAAAGAUCCCGAGAAUCCGUUGCUGAUUCCCGCGUUGGUGCCAAUUCCUGACGGAAUGAACUUCGAUAUCGAUACUCCCCAAGAAGUAGAAUACGCCAAGACCAUGGAAAAAGUGCGGAUGAAUUUCUUGAAAACCGACGGUAAUCCGGAUUUGAUGGAAAAUGGCAACAAAUCAGAGAAAUCAAAGGAUGAUGGAGGAUCAGAAAAGCCAAAGAAGGGUGGGCGAGCCGUGAGGAACUCAGGGAAAUCCGCCAAAGCUGCGGGAAAUAAUGGUAAUAAUAAUAAUAAUACUAAUAAUAAUAAGAAAGUUGGUGAUUCUAAAAAUAAUACUGCGAAACCCAAACCCGACGAUAUUCACAAGGAGAUUUUCAAGAAUAAUAAGGCAAGAAGCAAGUUCCAACGUCAUUAUAAUGGUAAUAUCAUGUAUCUGACGCAUUCUAUCCUUAACGAUGAAUUGAUAGAAGAAGAGGAUGCGAAGUUCGAUGGUGAUGGGAAAAUUGUUUCACGAGAGGUGGGGAAUCGUAAAAAAAGAUAUAAUGGAGAUUUUGGGGAGUUCGCCACUACUUGUCUUAAGAUGUUUAAAGCAGGAAAGAACUAUCAUGAAGCACAUUACCUUGAACAGGCAAAGAAUGGUGAGAAUGAAGUUAAGGUUGAACUCAAGUUGGGUGAAGAUGGUACGACAAUUAGUGGAUUUUCGAUUGAUAUUUGA